AUGAAAAAAUCUAAAACAGAGAUAACUCCAUCGAAAAAUAAUAAAUGCGACAAUCCUGUGGAUUCAAAAGAUGAAAAGGAUUCCAUCUCAAAAUACCCCGCAUCUUCUAUUCCAAAUGAAUUAGUUGAUUAUGUUUAUUUUGUAAAUUAUAGAGCCGUAGUUGUAAAAACAAAGCAUUAUUAUGCAACUCAGAAUUCCUAUAUUCUUUUUGGAGAUGUAUUUAAAAUAUAUAACUUAAAAGGAGAAAUAAAAAAAAUUCAUGCGUUUUUUCCAGGGGAUCAAAAUAAUUUAUCUGAUACUUUAAUCAUGUUAAAAACAACAAUUAUAGCUGUUACUACAUCUAAAGCAGAAGCAUUAAGAGUUGCUGAUGAAAUAGAAAUGAUUUGCAAAAUCUGUCACAAAAAAAGAAAAGCAACGAAAUUCUCUAUAGAAGGAUUUCUAAGAAAGGUACGAUGUGACACAUGCAGAGUUAAACCAAAACAUUUUAUAAACAAAAAUAAUACAAACAUUAAUAAUAAUACAAAACAAAAAAAUAAUAAUUAUAAAAAUGAGCCCAAUCAUGAUUCUAUACAAUCAAAAAAAAAUUGUAUAUCAUGUAGUACUAUCACUGAAAAUUAUUCAAAUGGUUAUAAUAAUACUAAUUCCAGAUUAAACUUAAAUACUAAUAAAAAUAUGGCAACCCCUAACAGCGAAAAUCGCCAUAAUGUUAACUCAAACAAUAUUCAAGAUAAAAUAAAUAUCACCAAUUAUAUAAAUGAUGGGAAUACAAUUACUAUUAAUAAUACUAUAAACAAAGAACAUGGUUGUCAAUAUAAUACAAAAUUUAAUAGUAAUAAUAAUAAUAAUAACAAUUCAAUAGUAAAAAAUUUUUGUUAUAAUAAUAAUAUUGAAUCGUAUAAUGGAUCUGCAUUAUUAUGUGAUAAUAAUAUUAACACUAAUGAUUCGGUUUCUAAUAAUGUAGCAGGUUCUAAUAAAUCGAUUAAUAAUUCAAAUGAUUACAAAAAUAAAGAUGAAAUUGUUAAUAUGAUUGUUGAACUUAUCAAAUACAUAUCUUGGAUGCAAAAAGCUUUAAUAAAAGCGGCCAAAGGAAAUUAUUCGAUAGAUAAUUCGGAAAUAAAUAUAGAUAAAAUAUCACAGAUUGUUUAUUCAGCUCAAUUAUUGUGUAAUAAAUUGUUAAGACAAAAAUCUUUACUAGAAAUAUCCAAUAACAAUAAUGCAGCCACCAUUUCCUCUAUAUUACCAUUCUACAAUAAUCAAAAUAAUAAUAUUACAAUGGAAACCACUUCUAAUUCUGUUAACAAAUCUGGAACUGCAACUCCAUCUAACACUGCAACUGCUUCUACCGCUACUGGAAAUGAUGUCAAUAUCAAGCCCAAAUAUUCGAAUUUAUAUGCGCAAAAAAUUAAUACUAUAAAUAAGCAAAAUGAAAUAAAUAGUGCAAAUGCAAACUCUUCUAGCAUAUUUACUAAUUUUAUUAAUCAAAAUAAUAUAACAACAUCAAACAAUACAAAUGGAAUAAAUAGAAAUACUCGUACAUGUAUUUUAAAUUCUCAUGGAAAUAAUAACAACAACAUUGAAGGAAAUGAUAAUUCGAGCGGUAAUAACAAUACAUCAUCAAACAAUGGAAAUACAAAUUGUUCAGAAAAUUCUAACACUAGUACAAAUGAUAGCAAUAAUAAUAAUAUAAAUGAAACGAAUGAUAAAAAAUCAAGAAGUAAUAAAAGCAUAAAUAAUAAAAUAAUAAAUGAAAUUGAAACAACAGAUAAUAUUAAUAAUAGUAUUAAUGCAAAUAAUCAUACUGAUAUAAAUAACAAUAUAAAUAGUAUGAAUAAUAUAAAUACUAAUUUAGAUAUCGAAAAUAUUAAUACAUAUAAUAAUAUUAAUUGUAAUGUUAUACCAUAUCAUGCAAAUAAUUGCCAAAUCAAUUGCCUAACGUCUUUACAAUCAGAUAGAAACUAUACUAGAUUAAGCCCUUUUAUUAAAAAUGAAAACAAUUAUGUAUGUUUAAAUAAUAAAAAUAAUAAUUUUUCAAAUUUAGUUGCUUCAAAAACUAAUUAUUACAAUGAUAAACAAGAUAUUGUAUUUUCAACAUUGUCUAAACAAUACAAUUCAAAUAUAUCAUUUUCAAACAUUAAUAAUACUGUUUCGAAUUUUUACAAAGCGGUUGCAAAAAAUUAUAACAUUGGAGAUACUAUUUUAAACUUUGAGAAAUGA